CAUCCAACUGUCAAAACAAACCUAAAUUCACGUGUGCCACAAGCGACUAUUACACGCCGCUUUUGAUAAUUUUGUUUUUAUUCAAUUAAAUUAAAAAAUUUUGAAUAACUACGCCGGAGUACCAUCAAAUGUCUUCCUCAUUCUUCCUGAAAAAAGAGCCUAAGGCGAACAAAAAACGAAAACUUUCAAAGGAACCACGCUCAACUGGUGGCAAAAAGGGAUUUAGUAAAAAACAACCAACAAACGCCGCACCACCUUCACGUAAACGACCCCAAAAAGAGGAUGAAGAAAUCGCAAGUGAUGAUGAUUUCGGGAGUGGCCUCGACGGCGAAGGGGGUGCAACAAAUUUGGUAUUCUCAUCGGAUGAGGUGGAGGAGGAGACUCCACAAGACAAACGCUUGCGUUUAGCAAAACAAUACCUAGAAGAGAUAGAAAAACAGGAAGCGGAACGUGCAGAAGAUCGGGAAAUACACGACCAUGUUGCCCAACGCCUCCAAUCCGAAUACCUUGAUAGUGUGGGUAAAUUGCGACGAAACAUAGCUGCCUCCAUUGAAGACUACGAUGCGGAAAACGUCGUUGUGCUUAAGCACAAAAAGCAACAUUUGCCAAUGUGCGCGUUAGUCGUUUCACCAGAUGGUAAAUACGUGUUUAGUGGCGCUAAAACACAAUUCGUGCUGAAGUGGAGCAUACAGGGGCAAGUGAAACUAGUAGGUUCUUUUAAUGUGCAAGCGCACACAGAAGAUGUGGAGAGUGAUACACGGCGUCGUUCACAUGUCACAGCGAUUUGCUUAUCGAGCGACAUGAAGUACCUAGCAUUGGCUGAAGGGGGUCGAAACAUACAAAUAUGGUGUCCAAAAGAACUGAAACACUUAAAAACGUUUAAGGGGCACAGAGAUGUGGUUACCGCGCUAGUGUUUCGCAAGGACACACAUGAGUUGUAUUCAGGAUCGAAGGAUAGAUCGGUAAAAAUUUGGUCGCUCGACGAAAUGGCAUAUGUAGAGAGCCUAUUUGGCCAUCAGGCGCCUAUUACGGGCAUAGACGCACUUAGUCGCGAACGCGCCAUUACCUCGGGUGGCAUCGAUUGCUCGUUGCGCAUAUGGAAAAUCACCGAAGAAUCGCAACUGAUUUACAAUGGGCAUCAAAAUGGCAUUGAAUGCGUCAAGUACAUAAAUGACGAAAAUUUCGUAUCUGGCGGCGAAGAUGGUUCACUUUGCCUAUGGAGCGCACUGAAAAAGAAAUCGUUAUGCAAAGAAGCGCUGGCGCAUGGCAAUCAAAGCAAUGGCGAGGCCAAUUGGAUUACAGCGGUGGCUUGUGUGGUAAAUACGGACUUAUUGGCGUCAGGUUCCUGCGAUGGUUACAUUCGCUUAUGGCAGUCGCUGGACAAUUCGCGUAAGCUAAAGCAAAUUUUAGCAAUACCCAUGCCAGGCUUCAUAAAUGCCUUAGCGUUUAAUAGCAAUGGCACAAAAUUGUUUGCAGCGGUUGGACAGGAGCACCGAUUAGGUCGUUGGUGGCGCAUCAAGGAGGCGAAAAAUAAAAUAGUCAUAAUUGAUUUAAUAACAAGUACGGCAAAGACAAGUUGA